UUUUACUUGAGUGUCGUCAUUUCUUCAUCAGCUUGUACUAUAUAUAUUGAUAUCUAUGUUUCGGAUAUUAAAUUUUAUCACCAAAAAUUUAUAUAAUUUGGUGUUAGUAGGAGUAUUCAGAUUGGUUUGGUUCAUUUUGAUUGAACAUAUAUAGCUCUAUUAUUAUUCCCACCAAACUUGACAUCAAGUCUUACUGUGAAAACCACAAAAGUCCUUCAGAAAUGUAAAAGAAUCUUUAUUAAUGAAAAGACAAGAUUGACAUGCGUCUAAGGGAAAGAACACGAACCACCAAAUCGGUGUUUGAAAGUUUAUUACAAAGCGAAGAAGCUCCAAGUUCGUCAUAUCAAAUCUACUUAGAGAUAUAUACAUCCUGGAUGAAAUAAAAUCCUGAUUUCUUGGAACAUCAAAACAUGGAGAAGCUUCUUAACCCGUACGAUAAGCAGUGCAUGAAAAUGGCUAUGCUUAAACACGAAGAAACUUUCAAGCAACAGGUAUAUGAACUUCAUAGGUUAUAUCAAGUCCAGAAGAUAUUAAUGAAGAACAUGGAGAUCAAUAAAUUGAGUACCAAAGGAAAUAAUAAUGUAAACUCAGGACUAGGAACGUUCAUCAGAAGAGUUGACCAUGAGAUUGACCGGCCGGCUAAUUUCCCCGGUGGUAAUAAUAAUAAUAACAUAGAGAUUAUGGAUGAGAGUGAGAUCGAGUUAACGCUUGGUCCGUCGUGUUACGGUGAUGGUGAUUUGAUGAGGAUGAGCAAGAAGAAGAAGAAGAACUCUUCACCGGAGAUGAUGAUGGACGGAAAUCUAAACUCUGGUCGCCGGAGUUUCUCUUCUUCUUCGACAGGAUCAAGUAAUAAUAACAACAACAACAACAAUCUUGAAGAGCAAGUGAGAAUAAUGAAACAUCAGAAGCAGAAGCAGCCAUGGCUUCAGGCAUUGACCUUGAAUGUUAUCUGAUAAUUAAUUAUAUUAAUUUUUAACUGUAUUCUGAAAUAGAUUUGCAUCUUUCUUCUAAAAAAAAAAAUUAGUAGUUUAAUU